AUGUCUUUUGAUUUACAUAUUUUUUACUUUAUUUUCUCGUUUUCUGGACACUAUUACUUAACUGGAAAAAUCUCUUCUUCUUUUAAAUUGAUUAUAGCCAUGGCACCCAAAAAAUCAACUUCACAUUCUAGCAGUAGUCAACAAUGCUCAUCGAAAGAUCCUCCACUGAAUGCAUCGACAAUUGCACAAGAGGCAUUUGAAACUGACAAUAAUAUCGAAUCAAUUUUAGGUCCAGCUGAUGAAUACUUUAAAUAUGAUGUAAAAGUUCAUCAGUCUAUUGUGAAUGCUAAACCAUGGGAGAAAGAUCCACAUUAUUUUAAGUGGAUUAAGAUAUCAGCUGUAGCAUUAUUGAAAAUGUUAAUACACGCCAAAUCAGGCGGUAACCUAGAAGUUAUGGGUUUGUUAAUCGGUAAAGUGGCUCAUCAAACAAUGAUUGUUGUCGACAGUUCACCAUUACCUGUUGAAGGAACAGAAACACGUGUAAAUGCACAGGCAGAAGCAUACGAAUAUAUGACAACUUAUAAAGAAGUGGUUGCUCGAGUAGGUCGUACAGAAAAUGUACUUGGGUGGUAUCAUUCUCAUCCAGGAUAUGGAUGUUGGCUUUCUGGUAUUGAUGUCAGUACUCAAUUGACAAAUCAAACUUAUCAAGAACCUUUCGUUGCAAUCGUAAUUGAUCCAAUCAGAACAAUAUCUUCAGGAAAAGUUAAUCUAGGGGCAUUUCGUACCUAUCCAGUUGGUUAUCGACCUCCAGAUGAUGGACCUUCAGAAUAUCAGUCAAUACCAAUGGAUAAAAUUGAAGAUUUUGGAGUACAUUGUAAACAUUAUUAUUCUUUAGAAGUUUCACACUUUAAAUCUGUUUUGGAUAAACGAUUAUUGGAUUCAUUAUGGAAUAAAUAUUGGGUGAAUACAUUAAGUUCAUUGAGUAUAUUAGCUCAACCAGAUUAUUUAGCUGGUUUAACAAAGAUCUUGCUGAGAAAAUUGAACAUGCAGCCGCUUCAGAGUGUGUUUGAAAUGCUAAUUCAUACGAAGGAAUAAACAGCCUUCAUGUCAAAUGUUUGUCAAUUCGAUUAUUGAUGUCAAUUACAUGUUCAAACCAGAAGGGAAACUGUUUAAUGUAAGUGUCUACUAAAAACAGAGGCCAUAAAAGAAGUCAAUUUUUUGACGCUGGAAAAUAAUAAUCCGUCUUAUUCUACAUUCCAAGUAUCCUUCAACUGCGAAGCAUACUGAGAUCCAUUCAGCCAAACAGCGUACAAACAGUUGUCUACUAGAAACCAGUUGAGGAGCAAUACAAGACUUAUUGUUGUGAAGUCAUACGUAAAACUGUGAUGAACGUAAAUCAGGUUUCAGGUGUUUAAUCGUAGUACUUUCAUUACAUUGGAAAGAAGAAUCCAAUUAUUUUGUUCGUAAGUUGUUUCGAUAAAUUUCAGUGUACAAACCGGUGAGUAACUAUUUAAUAACAAAAAAUAUUUUGUUUCUUAAGUUAGACAGUUUUGAGAAUACAUCUGUAAAUCGAAGUCAGACUUUUUAUCUCAUUUUCUUUAGGUAAAAAAGUUUGGCAUUUUAG